ACCUUCAUAUUUCACAAACAGGAAGUCGUGUGAGCAGACGACGAGAACAAGAAUCAAACUACCAACCUCCUCUCACCAGUCGUCGUCCGUCCUCGCUGACGGGCGUCUCUUCGGUGGGGUGCAGGAGCAUGUCCUCUUCAGACCGGGUCCAGUCCUGCUCCAGUCCCGGUCUGGUCCUGGUCCAGUCCUGCUCCAGUCCCGGUCUGGUCCUGGUCCAGUCCAGUUCCUCGGUGGACUCGGAGCUGGACCGUUCAGGGUCUCUCAGCUCGUCGUCCGUGUCUCUGCAGGACGCGACGCACUCGUCCUCGUCCUCGUCCCUGCAAAACGGCUCUGACAUCAGCCUGGACCUGACGCCCAUCGGCACAGGAAGUGGAGCCGGCGUCGCCAUGGUGACGGGGAAGCUGCAGUCCAAUCAGCAGCCUGCGGGGGCGGGACCUCGGCAGAUGACGCGUUUGGAGCGAGUGGCGCUGGAGAUCGUGGAGACGGAGCAGGCCUACGUGAGGGACCUGAAGAGCAUCGUGGAGGAUUACCUGGGCUGUAUCAUCGAGUGUGGAGAUGUUCCUCUGAAGCCGGAGCAGGUCAGCGCCCUCUUCUGUAACAUCGAGGACAUUUACGAGUUCAACAGGUAAAAACACCAACACCUG